AUGAAUCGAAACAACAGCAACAACGAAACAUGCGCCAAUUGGCCUAGUGAUCAGUAUAGAGCGGGCGAAAGAAGGUUGGGAAUCCUUCCUCCUUCUGGCGGAGCUCCGUCACUGGUAUCCUUGCUAUCGAGGGCAUACGCAGAAUCUUCAUCCCCAACGCUAUUCUCGGAUACUUCAUUGGAAGAGACCAUUGGUGACCGUCAAGGGCUUCUCGUUGAUACCAUUUCUUCUGCGCUUGACAUUGUGGAGGACGGUUCAGUUAGCUUUGAUAACCCUUGUGUUCGCUCAAAUAGGAUGCCAUCGGUUGGUCACAAGAGGCAUUCAAGCUCCACAAGGCAGUGA